GAAUGCCACUAUGGCUCGGAAGAAAAGACAAGAUGUGGCUUACUCCAUCCUUCAGACGGCUCGUCGUCCUUUGACCACACUCCUUUUCGCUAUCAUGUUUGGACGCUCAUUUGCAUGUUGCUUUUUACCCCUUUCGGCCAUCCUAGGUGAUGCGGCCGCGGCCCUCCAUCCUUUCAGGCACGAAGCUAUCGAGAUUCGCCGUAGGCAAGCCGCCGCCAGCAGCGAUGCUCAACUUCAGUCCAGCGCCGCAGGCUCGGUGUUGACAUACGUUACGCCUUCUCCAGGCGCUUCGCCCAUUCCUGUUACUCAGCAAAGCCAGCUGGUAUCAUCGGAUGUGCCUCUGUUCACGCUUUGUGCACUGCCCCCAGAAGCUUUCUCCUCCAUCACGGCUACACCUACUCAAACUACAGCUCCGUAUCAGAACUACUCCAUAUCGAUGCCUCCUGGACCUGGCACAUGUACCACGAUAUUCAGUCCAACAGUCACAAUGGUAUGCGCUACUACCCUGACUGGUAUCGACCGUGUAUAUCUCGUGACUGCCUGUAACCAAGACAUCACCUUCUCAAGCGACUUCGGAUACGUGCUCGAGACGCCCAGCGCAACAUUAAGCAACGCGACGGAUGCCAACGGUACAGCUGCAAUGAUCACUCCACCUCCUACUGUACAGCCUCUCACCACGUACUAUGUCGCGCCGUGGAACGAACUCACGAGUGCCGGCCCUCCUACAGAUGUAGAUAAGAAGAUCUGUGCAACAUUUGCCAACGGUACAGAGAAGUGUGUCGUAGAGUACUACGUCUGGGAGACCAGUCUGGUUACCAUUCCGAUGACCACAGUCACAUCUAUCAACCUGACUACGACUGUGGCUGGACCUUCGCAGAUCAUUGUGGAAACCUUCGUGGCCAACGUGACAGAGAUACUUACCACAUUCUCAAUAGACGACAAAUAUCGCCACAAGGCCAACCGUAUCAACUGGACCUACUGUUACACAGACAUACACUCUGAGCCAGAACUCACUCCCCACAGUUCGCACGACAAGCACAUAUACUCGACGAGUAACGAAGACCAUUUACAUCUCGGGAGGCACCUUAACAACAACCGUGUCUGGUGCUCACGCCACGACGGACGCAGNNCUGCUGAACCUUCGUCAACUGCAGCCCCUUCGGAAUCGUUUGAUGUGGCAAGUAUCCUGGGUAUUGGCAAUUUGAAC